UGAAAUACAUACGUGUCACUACAGGCGGGGAGCGUGCAGGGGGCGCUGCGACACGACUGUUGAUCUGUAUAGUUAUCCAUAUAAAGCAGUAUCAUAUAAAACGUAAUAGAGGACGGUUCAAUAAUGUUGAAAAAUCCUAAAUAUGUGUAUGGAGAGGAAGAUCUAUAUUUACCAGCCCAUUUAAACUUUGGAUCGUUUAUGUUGAAAAAUUUGUGGAUGAAUAAAGACAAAGUAACAUUGACCAAUGGAUCAACACACGAAACGCUCACUUGUGGUGAAAUAGCUCAAGAGGCUAUGAAUCUAGCGGUAUCACUGAGAAACAUUGGUCUUAAAAGAGGAGAAGUGGUAGCAAUUUGUUCAGAAAACAGAAAGGAAUUCUGGGGUACUGUAAUCGGAAUCAUCUGCGCCGGUGGUGUAGUGACUACGCUCAAUCCAGGUUAUAGUAAAGAUGAAUUAAAACAUGUGAUGAAUAUAUCAAAACCAAAAUAUGUUUUUUGUUCACCAAACACCUACGUUACAUGUGGAAAAACACUGAAAUCUGUCAGCAGUGUUAGUAAAAUUAUAUUAUACGGAGAUGUAUACAAUAAAGAAAAUAAUACUCUAUCGUACAAUAAUCUGGCAAAGACAAAUGAAAAGGGAGAAGUUGAAAAGUAUAUUGACUACGAAGAAUUUGAAGUGGUAGAAGUAAACGGACAAAUAGAUACUCUUUUUAUAUUAUAUUCAUCAGGAACUACAGGACUACCUAAAGGAGUUAUGCUAACUCACCUUAAUGUAUUAAUUUCAUGCAGUUUGGAAUCAACAAUGCAAUCAGAUGCAGUAAAUCUUAUAAUAACGCCUUGGUACCAUACAAUGGGACUCAUUGGAACGUUAAGAGGUCUAUCAUCAGCAAUCAACGUUGUAUUCUUACCAAAAUUUGAAAUAGAAUCGUAUCUCAAUACAAUACAACAAUACAAGGUGAAUUUGCUAAUAGUUGUUCCACCUGUGUUGGUCGCUCUUUGCAAAUACCAAUCCAACCAUGACGUCAGUUCUGUUAACGUGAUAUAUUCCGGCGCCGCGCCUCUACAUGGAGAUACUAUAAAAGAUGUUCAUAAAAGAUUUCCAAAGCUACAAUCAGUAUUGCAAGGAUAUGGGAUGACUGAAGUGACGCUAGCAGUAGCGCGGGACGUUCAAAGUAAAGCUCAUUUGGCCAAGCCUGGUGGGGUUGGAUUCAUAGUUAAGAAUACUGUUAUUAAGGUAGUAGACAUACAUACAAGAGAACCUUUAGGACCAAACCAACCCGGCGAGAUUUGUGCGAAAGGUGUUAUUGUAAUGAAAGGUUACGUAGGCAAAAGUAAAGAAGAUGAUUUUGACGACGAAGGUUUCUUUAAAACAGGCGACAUUGGUUACUACGAUGAAAACAAAUAUUUCUUUAUUGUUGAUCGACUCAAGGAACUUAUCAAAUACAAAGCUUAUCAGGUGCCACCAAUGGAAUUGGAAGCAGUACUGCUACAGCACCCUGCAGUGCGUGACGCGGGCGUAGUUGGCCUGCCGCAUGCAUCGGCGGGUGAGGUGCCUCUAGCAUUUGUUGUUCUGCAACCCAACGCCAACGCGACGGAAAAGGAACUCCAGCAAUUUGUAGCUGAUAGAUUGUCAAAUCCAAAACAUUUACGUGGCGGAGUGCGAUUCGUGGAGGAGAUUCCUAAAAAUCCAAGUGGAAAGAUAUUAAGGAAACGCUUGCGAGAGAUGAUCAAGAAUAGAAAGAGUAAACUUUGAAUCGCAGAGAAGAAUUAACUGACUCCAAAUUUUUAAA